AUGAAUUGGUCAUUGAUCAUUUUUGGCUUGGUUGCCUUAUCAAGCGUAUCUUUUGCCAAAGAUUCUUAUCUCAUUAUCGCACCAAAACUUUUCAAAGUUGACUACGAUAACCAAUUUUCAGUUUUUAUUGCUGCCGCAUCCCAACCAGUCGAUGUUAAAUUCGAAUUAGCUCUCGGAGCACAACAUCUCGAAGGAAAAGUUGUCUGCAAACCCGGUGAGACACGUAAUGCCACAAUCACUCUUCCAAAGGAAUUUCCAAUUGGUGCUGGUGAAUUAAUCAUCACUGGUACUGGUGGUCUUCAAUUCGAAGAAAAACGCGAUGUCAUCGUCUACGAUAGCCGUCAUGUUUUACUUGUUCAAACAUCAGCAUCAACCUACCGUCCACAUGACAUCAUGGAAGUUCGCGUCGUUGCCACAACUGAAGAACUUAUGCCAAUGGAAAGUGGUGAACUCACCAUUGAAAUUUAUGAUGCCUCUCUUAAACUCGUUGGUGAAUUCCCACGUGUUCCAGUUCGCUCAGGUCUUACUGAAACCUUCCGAUUCCCACUUGGCGAAGAUGUCAACCUUGGCCCAUGGCUCGUAUCCGCUACCAUGGAAAACACAACAUCAUCGGUCGAAGUCCUCGUAUCUCGCCCAGUUACAUCAUCAUUUGAUCUUAAAGCUAUCUUCCAACGAUAUCUCCUCCGCACAGACAAAUUCCUUCGUGGUGUUAUCGAAAUUAGUGACGACAACAGCCAACCUAUUUUCGGCCGUGCUAUCGUUGCUAUUGGUCAAGUCACCGAAGACGAAUUCGAAAUGACAAUGAGAGCAAACGCCCGCCCAGAAGAACCAAAACGUCCAGAGGAACCAAAACGCCCAGAAGAACCAAAACGCCCAGAGGAGCCAAAACGUCCAGAAGAACCAAAGAAAGGUGAAGAAUGGCGUAAAUGGAAAUCACAAACCUUCGAAAUUGCUGGCCGUAUCGAAUUAAACUACGAUCUCUUAUCAUUAUUCGAAAUUGACAUCAGCAAAUCACUCGCUAUUCAAGUUUACAUUGAAGUUACUGAUCUUAUUACUGGCCAAGAACGUGUCAUCCGCCAUUUGAUCCCAGUUUUCACACGUGAUGUCAUCUAUGAUAUUCAUCCACUUGAAUUCGAAGCUGGUAUCAAGAACGAAUAUGCCGUUACAUCCAAACGCCCAGAUGGCAAGCCAAUCAAAAUGGAAGACUUGACUGUUACUGUUCGCAUGCUUCUCCGCAACGAACCAGGCAAAGAGCAAGAAAAGAUUGUCGAAAUCAAAGAUUUCUAUACACGCGGUCGUAACGAUAUGGGCUUCUUCAACAUUGAAUUUCCAGAAAACUGUAUUGGUGUCCUUAUGACAAUUACACCAGUUGGUAUUGACGGUAAAGUUCAUGGUUAUCGUACCAUUAGCAUGCCACUCAUCCCAACACCUCGUCGCACAAACGCUAAAUUAAGCAUUGAACUUUUACCAUCAACAGUUGCUCCAGUCAACACCGAUGUUAAUGUUCCAGUCGUCAGCUCACAAAUCUCAACUGUUGGCCGUGUUUCAAACUUCUACGUUCAAUUAGUUCCAUCGAAACCAGUUGAAAAAUUCGAACGAUUACCGAUGUCGUACGUUGUUAUGACCAAUGGUCGUAUUACUCUCACCGGUGAAUUUUAUAUUGAACCAACUAAAGCAUGUCAAAGCAAGAGCAAACGUGCUAUCCGACCAGAAGAACAAGUAGCACCAGUAUGUGUCUUCAACGGUACUUUACCAAUCCAAAUUACACGUGAAAUGGUACCAUACUCAACAUUACUUGUCUAUACCUUCCAACCAACAUUCGGUUUCAAUGUUGCUGAAACAUACCGAUUCUCAGUUGCUGGUCUCUUCCAAAGCUCAUUGACCUUGAAUGCUACAAUUGUUCCAUUCACAUCAACAGAAACAGUUGUUGACGACUUCAAACUUAUUCCAGAAUUGGACACUAAACCAAUCGUUCUCUCUGAUAAAAUUCAAGACAAAACACGUGUCGAACUCUCGUUCACUGGCGCCCCAGAAUCAACUGUAGGCCUCAAUGUUUUCGAAUUCGAUGGUGUCUUACAAGGUUUAUCAAAUGAAGUUAGCAAAGAACGAUUACUUCGAUAUUUAACUACAUAUGAACAUGUACCCCUUAUCACCAUGCCAACCUUACCAGUAGCUGAAUCAGUUGUUCGUAGCUCACGUCAAGUUCUACCACAAAUGGGAGGUGCGUCACCACAAAUGGGAGGUAUGCCACCACAACUGGGAGGCGCAACACCACAAAUGGGAGGUAUGCCACCACAAAUGGGAGGUGCAUCACCACAAAUGGGAGGUGCGUCACCACAAAUGGGAGGUGCAUCACCACAAAUGGGAGGUAUGCCACCACAAAUGGGAGGUGCGUCACCACAGAUGGCACGCCGAGUAAUGAGCGAAGCUGAUGAAAAAGAACAAGCUGACCGUGAACGAAAGGGUGAUGAAGCUCGUUUCCCAAUUGAAAAAAUGAUCUUUGGUAUGCAUGGCGAAUAUCCAUUACCAUCAGUUGAAGGUGAUGAUAUCUAUGUUCCAUCAAACAUGGGUCGUCUCUACGAUGGUGUUUCAAUGGACGAAAAAUCAUUCUCAUCAGAAUACAACCGUCAUCUUGAUCGAAAAAUGAAUCAAUUCGACGUUACAGUUGAUAACAAUGAUUAUGUUGUUGCCACAAGCAUGCCAUUCGUCUUCGCUCAUGGACCACAAGGAAAACCAAUGCCACCAAAAGAUAAACCAAUGCCACCAAAAGAUAAACCAAUGCCACCAAAAGAUAAACCCAUGCCACCAAAGGAUAAACCAAUGCCACCACAUUCUGAAGAUGAACUUCACAUCGAAAAUGAAGUUACGAUGGGCCGAUCAAAAGAUUACGGUACUCGCAAAUGGUAUGAACAAAUGAGCUCACGAUUGAAUACAUUCUCACAAGAAGCAUUCACAUUUAUGCAAACUGGUUUAUCAAUUGUCUCUGACUUCGAUUCAUUACGCGUUCCAUUUGAAAUGAAACAUGAAGAUUUAACAAAACUAUUCUCACGAUUCCGUCAACCAGUAACACCCGUCAUGGAACGUCAAGCCUUCUCCAUCCGUGAUGAAGCCCGUGAUUUACUCGAAGAAUUCGUCAACGAAAAUGAUUUCUCUUUAAUGAUUCCUCCAGCUGUGCUCGAUGAACAAUCUCGCAUUGGAUAUUACCGAUCAGUUUUCUUCAACACAAGCCGCAUCGAAUCACAAGGAACAGGCAAAGUUGUUCUUCCACGAACUAAACCAUACUCGACAUGGCUCGCCAGUGGAUUUGCUCUCAAUGCCAAAUCAGGUUUAUCAAUUGCUCAACCAAUUCGUUUACCAACAAAUCAAGGUCUCUUUGUCCUCGGUAACUGUCCAAAAUACGGUCGCAUCGGUGAACACAUUCUCUUCACCUAUGGUAUUAACAACUACCUUGGAAAAGACGUAAGCAAUGUCAUCGUUCGCAUUCGUGCAUCAGCUGACUUUGAACUUAUUGACCAAUCUAAACCAGAUGUUAUUGUUUCAAGCAAAGAUAAAGAUUACACAUUUACAAUUCCAUCACUCAAAUCAUUCGGUGUUGAAAUACGCAAUCUUGUCCUUAUUCCAAAACGUCACGGUCUUAUUCAAAUCGUUCUCGAAGUCGAAUCUGAAUUCGGUGGUGAUUAUGAAAUCUUAAACAUGUUCGUUCAUGAGCCAGCCAUUGAACGUGAAGAAAUCCGCGCUCGCUUCUUCGACUUAGUCGGUGAAAAGAAGGCCUAUGAAUCAAUUGUUGAAAAAGUCGCCGAUGCAUCAAACCUUCGUCGUUUUCAUGUGUCAGUCUCAGGUACUUUCCUCGACCGAUUUUUCCGUAAAUUCAACAUGCGAACCAACACCUUAGUCGGUAUUGAUCAAGCACUCAUCCGUCUCUAUCGUUCACUUGGUCUUCGUUGUUACCUCAACGAAACUCUCCAAACUGAAUCGUCAUGGUUCAACAUCACUGCUGAAAACAUCACCGCAGCUUACCAAGAACUCCAAUCCUACGCUGAUUAUGAUGGUUCAUACUCAUUCGUUUCGGAUGACAAUACACGUUACUCAUCACUCUACUUAACAUCAUUAGCUUUCGGUGCUAUAGUUUCACCAAUGAUGCCAUUCCGUGACAAUGUUACACUCAACCGUACAUUAACAUGGAUCUUAGCUCGUCAACAACCUGACGGUUCAUUCGAACAUGAUGGCCCAUGCUUCCACUACAGAUUCUGUGAUGGUGAAUUCCGUCGUGAAUCAUUAACUGCUCUUGUUCUCUAUUCAUUGACCCGUGACAAUUCAUCCGAUUAUAUGCCUGAAUUUAUGCGUCGUCGUUUAUUCGAUGGAGAAAACAGUCCAGUUAUGCGUGCUCAUCGUUAUUUGGUAUCACGCGUUGCAGACAUCAAACCACAUUUCUUACCAAUCACAUUAUUCGAAAUCGCUUUCGUCCAAAACCGUUAUAUUCCAUCAGAAUUACGUCAAAAGAUCUAUGAUGCUCUUGUUGCACGUAAAUUAACUGUUGUACCAGAAGACAACUCAAAAUAUUUGAAAUACGCUGACGACAAAAUUACACGCGAUGAUCAAUUAUUACUCAACUCAAUGACUGCUUUACUCUAUACCUACUACAACGACUACCGUACAGCAUUCGAUAUGACCCGAUGGAUCGCCAAUCAACUCACACUUCACCCACACUAUGAUACAGUCUUAGAUGGCAUUUUCUGGAGUGACGCUUUAGUUCGUCUUGGCAAACUUUUCCAUAAACAAUUCGACAUGAGCAAAGUUGACAUCACAAUCGAUGUUGCUGCUGACAACGGUGAAAAGAAACAAUUCAAGAUCGAUUCCAAGAACUUCGAUGUCACUCAAAUGUUCCACUUUACUGUUCCAGUUCGCGAAGUUACCUACUCAGUCAAAGGUUACGGUAUGGCUGGUGUCGCUCUCUUCGAAUCAUAUGCUGAUAAGGAACAAUUCAAACCAAUUGAACCAAUGCCAUUCAAAUUAUCUCAAGAAUUCUUACCAAAAACAUGGCUCACAGAAAUCGCCGCCAAAACCUGUUUGACGUUCACGCCAACACCUGAAAUGCAACGUUUCGUCAAAGAUACAUUCAACCGCACAAUUGUUAUUGACAUCGAACUUCCAUCAGGAAUGCGUAUCGAAGAAAAUCAAAUCGGAUUUUUCUUAAGCAAAGUCGAAUAUGUUCAUCAUUUCGAUUACAACCGAUGUUUCAACAAACUCAGCCUCUUCGUCGUUGUUCCAUCAACAAUGUACGGCAAAGAUAUCUGUAUGGAUUGGUGUCUCGAACGUUUAUCAACAGUCGUCAACUGGUCACCAAUUAGCAUCCGUGUCUACGACUAUCUCCAACCAGAAACAACAUUGGUUCGACUUUUUCCAAUUCAAUUUCAACCAGCUCUCCUCGGUUACUCAUUUGUUGAAAAAGCUCAUGAAUUACGACCAAAACUCGAUUCAUUACCACUUUUAAACAAACCAAAACGAGUCUAA